UGUGUCUCAUCCCCAGGCGACGGCCACACUGAGACGCGACUCUGUUAAAUAUAUUGAUAAAAUAUCGGUAUUGUGCGAGGUGUGUAAUUCUAUGUCUGCAAAUAUCUACUCCAAGUGACAAACUCGAUCACCUGCUCUGAUGCCAAGCGUGACGUUACAAAGUUUACACCGCAACUUUUGUGCAGACUUAACUAUAAUUUCUGGUGCAUGAAUUUUGAAGCAAACUUUAUUAUAUUUGUUAAUGAUAGAUAUAAGUGAGAAUAUUCGGUUAUCGGCUGUAGCGUGGACUUAAUUAUUGAUUAAAAUGAUAAACAUGGAGUUCGAAGGUGAUCAACUAGAUGAUCAAGCCAGUGAUAACAACAUCACAGCCAAGACACAUAAGGGUCCAUGUCCCUUGGAACAAGAAAACAAGAAAAUAUUCAAAUUAUUCAAGAUCUUGGGAGUGAUCCUUAUAAGGUGGGAUAAGCAUAAAAAAGAGUAUGUCCUGCUGAAAGUCAGAUUCUUUAUUUCUUACACUUUCUGGUUCUUCUGGCCUCUGUUAGGCCUGUGUGUGGCGCUGGUGAUGAAGAGGAUCUUUAAGACAAGCGGUGGUGCUGACCACAUAAACGACGCCAUUGAAUCGUCUUUGUUUGUACUUGGCUUCGCUGUUGUCCCUGCCAUCAAGACCUACUCCCUCAGCCUCAUCAACACAUGCCUUCUAGGCAUAAUGAAAAAGACAGUAAGUCUCAAAGAGAUCAAAGACAAAUUUGAGAAGCGCAACGAUGAUGAAUAUUUGCCGUCUGACACUGACAAGGAGGCUUUCCAAGAUAAUAGUAAGCUCCGCAGGGCGCUUCCUAUAAUGUCAGUCAUCUUGUCCACCAUCUCCUUUCUCGGCGUCUGGAUUUAUGACAUGAUACAAGUGGUUGAGUGGGAUGAACUCAAGAGGGAGUGGCCAUUCUUCUUCAUGCAAUUCAACUACCUGACUCUGCCUUGUAUAACUACUUUGUUUUCAGUCAUAUUUAUUGAUUGGCUACGAAAGUUGUACAAGAUAAUGCGAGAGAAGUUAGAGGAGCUUGUGAGGGGACAGAAGACAACAGUAGACGUACAGGUCAUCCAAGACAUCGGUGAUUAUGUUAAAAAACUGCAAGACAUCUUCAGCCGAUUGAGCAGCGGCUUUUUGACCUACGUCUUAGGUUUUAACUUCUUGGUCUCGGUAGUGGGCGGCAUCUUCUGCACCGCCAAGGUCCUCCAAGGGUUCCCUAAUAUUAUAUACCUCGUGCCAUUAACAAUUGCAGUCUUCCACAUUGGGUUAAUUUGUCACAAAUCACAAGAGCUGAUGGAUGAGCACGAGAGAAUAAUCCUGCUCCUGAAACAGCUAUUUAGGAAGAGUCGCAAGAACCCCAAGCCGUUGCCCUACGACGAGCUACACAUCCUCCUGGAGAACCUGCUGGAGAAAAUGCUGGAGUCACCGCCGCAGGUGGCAACUUUUGGCAAUUACAAGGUCGGAAAUGGCUUGCUGCUCGCCACCCUUGGCUUCAUCAUCUCUUAUGCUAUGCUCGCCAAUGAUGUUCUUCAACUUCAGGACCAAGUGUCAUCUUUGCACUGCAACUUUACACUAACAGAGUAGAGGGUGCAAACCAACAAUUCUUGAUGUUUAACAGAAGAAAUAACACAACUUUCACACAGGCCCUGGCAGUGUACAGAUGUGUUUUGUGGUCAGGUUUAUUGAAUUCAUUGAUUCUGAGUAAACACAGGCAGAUAUAUUUUUUUAAGAUACAGUAUGCAUAGUGAUGUAGAGUAAUGUAUAAUAUAUUUGUCAAGAAGGAGUAGCAUUAACUGUGAACAAAGUAACAUUGUAUACAUGUAUAAGUUUGAUCAUUGUUUUAAAUAAUGUUUGGGGAACCUAACAUCAGCAGUAUUCCCCUUCAUAUACUGUAGAUACCUUUU